AUGAGAGAUAAGUGGAGAAAAAAGAGAGUUAGAAGACUUAAGCAUCCACAACUACAAGCUAGAGUGGCCGUGGCCACGAAUGGAAUUCUUGCUGUGAUUGCAUUUGCCCAGACCUUGCAACUUUUGUUUAGCAACUACUAUGGCCCUUUCAAAAUCAAGUACAGUUUCGGACACCCAUUCAGUAUACGCAGCGUGGGGAUCUUUCAACUUGUCAAAUUAAACUUGGUGGUGAUUGAGUUGCUUUUGAAUGUGGUUUUGGUGGUGCAGUUUUGGAACCUUGCCUUGCCAUCGUACCCGUUGAUAGCUAAUGUGCUACUCCUUGGAUGCGUGGUAUUGCCGUUGCAUAUAAUAGAGCCAACAAGAAGUGUGGUUGCGUUAGCAGCUCCGUCAUUAUACUGGGCAACUCAAGUCAUUUCCUCUCUUGUUGAUGCAGUGAGUAACCACUCAGCCACGCAGAUUUGCCUCUUGUUGAAUGCGGUACUAAUUUUGGUAUUUGAAGUGGGGUUGUACUCCCCCAGUGUCGAACUCAAACAAUAUUACGAGUUGAACGAUUGGAACAUCGACACGGUGCACAAUUUCUGGUCGGAGAUCACAUUCACGUGGUUGGAUCCAACCAUUAGGAAGAUUUAUGAAACGCAAACAAUAGAUGCAGAGGGGACUCCGCCAUUGCAUUACGAGCAGAAUUGCGUCUACACGUACGAAGAGACCUUGAACAAGUGGAACAGAGCAGGGAACAAGAAGUCCUUGUUCAAAGUGUACCUCUCCUUGUACUCCAAGAGCUUGAUAUUGAUGUUGGUGAUGGAGUGGAUUGCAAUCGCAUCUAAUCUUGGCCAGGCAUUCCUAUUGCAGCAGUUUAUCGCAUACUUUGGCAGCGAAGUCAAGCAGCCGCCUGUGCUUGGGCUUUCCAUUGCCACUGCAAUCUUCCUCUGCUCGGUUGGGAAGUUCACCUCAAUGAAUCGGUUUGCAGCGAUACAUUUCCGCAUCAGAUCUCAGGUGUACUCAUCAUUGGGUACCUUCGUUUACAGAAAAGCAAUCAACCUCUCUGCCGAAGCAAGAAAGAACAAAAACAGUGGUGAAGUGAUCAACAACUUGGCAGUCGAUGUGACAAAGAUUUCACAAUUGGCAAUGUAUGCGUUUGUGGUUAAUUUGCCGUUUAGAUUAAUGAUUGGCAUUUGGGCGUUGUACAGGCUACUUGGGGUUUCUGCGUUGUUUGGACUUGCCACUGCCUUGGUGCUAGUUCCCUUGAGCAGCAAGAUCAGUGCGUCAAUCUCCGGUCUUGUCAAGCGAAACAUGAAGAUCAGAGACGAGAGGUUGAAAUUGACAUCUGAGAUUUUGCAGUCAAUCAAAAGCAUCAAGCUUUACGCGUGGGAGCAGCCUAUGUUGAGACGUCUAUUUGGAAUCAGGAAUGAUAGGGAAUUGGUGAUGGCGAAGCGGAUUGGCCAUUUCAACGCUUUUUCCAUGUUCUUGUGGAACACAAUCCCAUUUGCAAUAACCAUCACCUGUCUCAUUUCAUUUGUCAAGCUCACCAAUAUCUCUCUCAUUCCGUCGAUCAUUUUUCCAGCGUUGUCGUUGUUUGACUUCUUGACGGAGCCGAUUAUGCAACUUCCCGACGCCAUUGUUGCAAUAGUGGAGGCAACGAACUGUUUCGCCAGGUUGGACGAGUUUUUCGCAAUGAAGGAGAACAAGUCCAAGGUUGUACGUGAGAGUACACCAGUUGUGGCUGGCGACGUGACUGUUGAAGUGGAAAACGCCACAUUCUCAUGGGACAGAGAUAAUGUCGCCUUGAGUGAGAUCAGCCUCGCAGCCAAAAACGGUCAGCUCACUUGCAUUGUGGGCAAAGUUGGCGCUGGGAAGUCUGCCUUGAUCAAGGCAAUCCUAGGAGAAGUCCCCAUUUCCAAAGGCACAGUAAAGGUCAACGGAUCCAUAGCCUACUGUGCUCAACAGCCGUGGAUUCAAAAUGCAACAGUUAGGGAAAAUAUUUUAUUUGGGAGCGAGUACAGUGAAAGAUUCUACAACCGAGUAGUUUCAGCGUGCCAAUUGGCUGUAGAUUUGGAAAUCCUUCCUGAGGGAGAUGCGACAAUUGUCGGUGAAAAGGGUAUCGCAUUGAGUGGUGGGCAAAAGGCAAGAAUCUCCCUAGCCAGAGCAGUGUACUCGAAAGCAGACAUUUACUUACUCGACGACGUUCUCUCUGCUGUUGAUGCACAUGUGGGUAAAAACAUCAUCCGGGAUGUAGUACGGGGAAUGUUGGCGGAGAAAACGGUCAUCUUGGCCACCAACGCCAUCAAUGUUUUGCGGUACGCCGAGGAGAUUCUUUUACUAGACGGUGGCCAUGUCGAAGAGAGAGGAAGCUAUAAGGAGGUUAUGGAGAGUGGGUUGGAACUAGCUCGACUUAUCAACGAACAUAGCAGUGAUCUACCUCACGAAGAUGUGGUACUGUCUCGCAGACGAUCCAGUGUUGUGUCUUGUGCCAGUGAAGAGCAGGUGGACAAGACCAAACCUGAUGCAAGGGAAGCCAGAGCUAGGGGCCACGUGAAAUUGAGUGUCUACCUCGAAUAUUUCAAAGCGUGCAACUUCUCCAUGAUCAUAUUGUAUGUGUUUAUCUAUGCGGCAAACGUCACUUGCAACAUUGGAGCAAACUACAUCCUCAAGUACUGGUCAGAAGUCAACUUGGCAAACGGGCACAACUCAGCGGUCCUGUUCUAUCUCACAAUCUACGCGGCUGCUGGUAUUUCUGGUGCUGCAUGCAUGCUCGCUGCCGCUUUGAUUAUGUGGAGCUACUGUGUCAUCAGAGGAUCGAGGUAUUUUCACGAUAAAAUGGCAAACUCGGUAUUGCGCAGUCCCAUGCAAUUUUUUGAAACUACUCCAAUUGGGCGUAUUUUGAAUAGGUUUGCAGAUGACAUGAAUGUUGUUGAUCAGCAGCUUAUAUGGUCCAUUUUGGCAGUUAUCGAUUAUGGCUUACUAGCACUUGGUGUCCUCUCGCUCAAGCGGUUGGUCAGCACAUGCCGAAGUCCGUUAUUUUCCCAUUUGCUGGAGUCUGUCAACGGUGUUGAAACAAUUCGGGCUUACAACCAACUAGGCAAAUUCAGACAAGUGAAUGACGAAAUCACAAACAGGUUUAUACGAGUCCACUACACUAUGUUGUCGUGCAACCGAUGGCUAUCAAUGCGGUUGCAAGCUAUAUCAGCGGUGAUUCUUUACUCGUCGGCACUUUUCAUAUUGGCAACCCUGGGCACGUCACAUGAAUUGAGUCCCGGUUUGGUUGGAUUUGUGUUGGUGAAUGCAUUGAGCAUUAGCAAUGCGCUCAGUAUGAUUAUCAGGGGGUGGGCCGAUAUCGAAACAAGAUCUGUGUCAUUGGAGAGAGUUAUUGAGUAUUGUGGGUUGAAGCCGGAGGCCGCCGUGACUAAAGAGUACCGUCCACCAACCAAGUGGCCCUCCAAAGGCGAAAUUCUGUUUGAAAACUAUUCAACCAAAUACAGAGAAGACCUUGAGCCGGUGUUGAAAAACAUCAAUUUCAGUAUCAAACUGCGAGAGAAGAUUGGAGUUGUUGGCAGAACUGGCGCGGGGAAAUCCACAUUGACAAUGGCAUUGUUUCGCAUUGUUGAAGCAACAUCAGGGCACAUUGUGCUCGACUCCGAAGUUACUGACGAACUAGGUCUCUAUGACUUGCGGAGCCUGUUGAACAUCAUCCCGCAGGAUUCGAAUGUUGUGGAGGGAACUAUACGAGACAAUUUGGACCCUUUGAAUAAACACACGGACCAAGAGUUGUGGGAUGUGUUGAGACUAGCCCACUUGAAAGACCACGUUGAGCAGUUGGUUAGCGUGCAUGGUGACGAGGAGAAGGUUGGGCUUGGAGCAAUGAUCUAUGAAGGGGGCUCCAACUUGUCAUCAGGACAGCGUCAAUUACUUUCCUUGGCACGAGCUCUAUUGAACAAAUCGAAUGUGUUGAUUUUGGACGAGGCGACUGCUUCGAUCGAUGUGGAGACUGAUAGAAUAGUCCAAAGCACAAUCAGAUCGGAGUUCAAGGACAAGACAAUAUUGACAAUUGCGCAUAGAUUGGAAACCAUCGCCGACAGUGAUAAAGUAUUGGUUCUUGAUAAAGGCGAAGUGAGGGAGUUUGACUCCCCCGACAACUUGUUGAAGGAUGCAGGCUCAAUGUAUCGAGCAUUGUGUGUUGAAGGUGGAAUGAUUAAAAGGUGA